AUGUACCGAUCAUUCACACAGCUGGUGAAGUCAGACGAGGCAGACAACUACCUCAGUCCUGCAGAAGAGCCACCGCUGAAGAAGAAGUUGCCGCUGCCUUCUGCGAACAAACUCCCCGACACCCCCGCCACCAAGACCGCCGACAAGAUGGAUUCCGACGACGAGUUCAACAGCUCCAUGAGCGGCGAUGAAUUUGACGACCAGGACAGCGAUAUGGGUCUGGAAGAGGACUCCGACUUUGACAUGGACCAAGACGAUGUGGGCUUCGAAACACAGGACAAGGACAUCAAGCCUGUCAAGCAGGCCUACGAGGUGGAAUUCAAAGUCUUCGACCCCGCACAAAUUCAGUCACAACAGGACAAGCAAAUCGACGAGGUGUCGAGCAUCCUCGGCCAACCGCCCGAAGCCGCCGCAAUACUUCUUCGCCACUCGCGAUGGAAUAAGGAACGUUUGAUCGAUCAAUACAUGGAGCGGAUGGAACAGGUCUUGGAGACAGCUGGACUAGGUCAGGACUCUACAACCAACCCACCAAAACUCGAAAAGGUCCCCGGCUUUGUCUGCGACAUAUGCUGCGACGACGACAUCAACAUGCAGACCUUUGCCAUGAAGUGCGGGCACCGCUUCUGCCUGGAUUGCUACAGACAGUAUCUCGGCACCAAGAUUCAGGACGAAGGAGAAGCGGCCAGGAUACGUUGUCCUGGAGAAGGCUGCACACGCAUAGUAGACUCCAAAUCGCUAGACCUGCUUGUUACGGAAGAGCUACACGAUAGAUAUCAUACCCUCCUCACCCGGACCUACGUCGACGACAAAGAAAACCUCAAAUGGUGCCCGGCACCCGAUUGUAAAUACGCCGUAGAAUGUGGAGUGAAGAGCAAGGAUCUCUCAAGAAUUGUACCCACGGUACACUGCGAGUGUGGUCACGACUUUUGUUUUGGAUGCACAUUGAACAACCACCAGCCGGCGCCAUGUUCUCUAGUCAAGAAGUGGGUCAAGAAAUGCGAGGAUGACUCGGAGACCGCCAACUGGAUAUCGGCCAACACUAAGGAAUGCCCGAACUGCAACUCCACCAUCGAGAAGAACGGAGGCUGCAACCACAUGACAUGCAGGAAGUGCCGUAACGAGUUCUGCUGGAUGUGUAUGGGCAAGUGGUCGGAACACGGCACGAGCUGGUACAACUGCAACCGAUUUGAGGAGAAGAGUGGAUCCGAGGCGCGCGAUGCACAGGCCAAGUCACGGCAGUCGCUCGAACGAUAUCUUCAUUACUACAACCGCUUCGCAAACCACGAACAAUCGGCCAAGUUAGACAAGGACCUAUACCUGAAGACGGAAAAGAAGAUGCAGCAGCUACAAAAUUCCUCGGGCAUGUCGUGGAUCGAAGUACAAUUUCUGGACCAGGCCUCACAUGCCCUCCAACAAUGUCGACAGGUACUUAAGUGGACCUACGCAUUUGCAUACUACCUCGCCCGCAACAACCUCACCGAGAUCUUUGAGGACAACCAAAAGGAUCUCGAGAUGGCGGUGGAGAAUCUUAGUGAAAUGUUCGAGAAGCCUAUCGAUCAGCUGAAGGACCUGAAAGUGGACAUCCUCGACAAGACAUCAUACUGCACAAAGAGGAGAAUUAUUCUCCUCAACGACACUGCGGAAAAUUUGAAGCGAGGUAACUGGAAGUUCAAUGUGGAUCUGGUGUAG